GGAUCACGCAGCAUCGCGAACUUGACAAACAGCAUAAUUCCCCGCCUCCCUCAGCCUGAAGAAUUUACAACAGGUAAACAAGAGGGCGGAAACCUGUACGUCUAGGUGUAUAAAUCUUUAUUUAAUACAUCGCUUUCAGGAGGUGUAAAGACGAGCACUGGAAAAUGGCAAGCGGAGGAUCGGUCAGAGAGCUGCAGGACGGUUCGUUGUGCCCCUUGUGCAGCUGUUACUUUAAGGAUCCCGUGACCACAGAGUGUGGGCACAGCUACUGCCGGGUGUGCUUGGUCACCUACGCUGGAGGGAAAGAGAACAUGGGACAGCUGAUGUGCCCCAGCUGCAGGCGAGUGAUGGCAUGGAGAGUGGUGACCACUGACGUUCGGCUUGGGGUCACCACGCGCAUUGCCCAGAGGCUCAAUAUCCAGGCUCUGCCACCCAGGAGGAAAAAGAUGGGAAGGGAGAUCCAAGAUAAUGUCUGAAGAAGAUUACGACCCUGAGUUAUAUCGUCUCGAUGUCCGUUCUGAUCUGCAGAGCUUCCUGCCUUCACUCAUGGGCAGAUCGUUGUUGAAUGUGUGCCUAUUUAUGUCUAUACAGUAUAUUUAUGUGAAUGUAACUGGAACUUUUUAUAUUAAAUGUGUAUAAAGAUGUUUCCAAACAGUAACCAUUCUGUAUAUAGAUGUUGAGUGUUGGU